GCCGCGCACAACUCGCACGCGUGUCCAUGAUCUCACGCGACAAAUAGACGAUCGAACAUUUUAUACCCAGUGACGAGAGGGCGACCUCUCCUUAAACCACCAAAAUAGCUUCACAAGUGGAGAUGCCUUCCAGCCUGUUCGGCGAGCUCGGCGGCGGCGGGCUGGUGGAGGAUCAGCGCGCGUUCCAGCUCGCGCUGGAGUUGAGCAUGCUGAGCUUGGGCGAGAGCCUGCCGCCGGCCACCUCGCUCAACAGCCCGCUGGGGUUCGCGCCGCCGCCCGACGACCGCGCCAAGAAGUCGCAGAACAUGACGGAGUGCGUGCCCGUGCCCUCCUCCGAACACGUCGCCGAGAUCGUCGGCCGGCAAGGCUGCAAGAUUAAAGCACUGCGUGCGAAGACCAACACGUACAUCAAGACGCCGGUGCGCGGCGAGGAGCCGGUGUUCGUGGUGACCGGCCGCAAGGAGGACGUGGCGCGUGCCAAGCGGGAGAUACUGUCAGCUGCUGAGCAUUUCUCGCAGAUCCGCGCCUCGCGCAAGUGUGGCGCCGCGCCCCCGCCGCCCGCCGGCGCGCCCGGCCACGUCACGGCGCAGGUGCGCGUGCCCUACCGCGUCGUGGGGCUCGUCGUCGGACCCAAAGGCGCCACCAUCAAGCGCAUCCAGCACACCACGCACACAUACAUCGUCACACCAUCCCGCGAGCGCGAGCCCGUGUUCGAGGUGACCGGCCUGCCCGAGAGUGUAGAAGCGGCUCGUAAGGAGAUCGAAGCGCACAUCGCGCUGCGCACAGGCGCCGCUGCAACACCAGGCACAACAGAGAGCGAGCCGCUGGCUACGCUGUAUCGCGCCGGGCUGGCGCAGCUGCUGCGGCCCGAGCAGGAGGCCGCCUUCUCGUCGGCUGGGUCGUGCUCAUCGGGUGGCUCGUCGGCGCGGCUCGGCGACCUGCUCGGCAUCUGGUCGUCGACGGAGCGCGACGAGGGGCUGGGCGAGUCGCCGUCGUUCGAGUCGCCAUCGACGGCGGGCGUGUGGGCGUGGGGCCCCACGCGGCCCUCGCCCGCGGCGUCCCCGGCCCGCGCCUGCGCCGUGUGCGGCGAGCGCGGCGUGGCGGCGGCGCUGGUGCCGUGCGGCCACAACCUGUUCUGCCUGGAGUGCGCCCAGCGGCUGGCGGCGGGCGCGGCGCCGUGCCCCGCGUGCCAGGCGCCCGCGCACCAGGCCAUCCGCAUCCUCUCGUAAGCGCCGCCGGCGCAGACUGCUGACCCCGUAGUUGUAUUUUCCCGCGGAGACGGAGGCGGCCGCCGCCCGACACCGGUGGAUCUUAUCGGACGUUUUUCUAGGGAUCGAUCUUUUUUACUUAAAUCGUUAUAAAAAUAUUAAAAAAAUAAACGCGUAAUCGAAAUCCUGGUGCCAAAAGUCGGCGCCUCGCCGGCACGGCCCGUCCGCCGCGCGCCGUACCUAUCGUAAGUCGGCAGAGUUAUUCACGAUAUAUUUUCUUAUUAUGAACGUUUUUUAUUAGGCGGCCGAGCGCCGCUCGCCGCCGCAGAGAGAGUCGAAGUACGUUAUGAUAGAAUUUCGAAAAAAACAUAAAAUUUAAAAAAAGUUGUAUAAUUAUUAUUAUUGACUAGCGUAAAUGAGAAAUCGAAAUUUAUAAAGCUUACCUAACGUAAUAGCGUAAAGUAUUAAGAUAUUAUUAUAAUGAUAUGAUAGGGAGGUGUUGGCGACGCGGGGAGCGUGUUUGUUGAGAGUGUAGCUAGAUGCGUCGCCGGCCGCCGCGCUGCGUGCCGCGUGCCCCGCGCUGCGCGCCCCGGUCGGCGCUAGGUAAUGUGUUGUUAGGUAAUCCGUUGGUUGUUGGCGUGAGUGUCGCGCCCCGCGCCCGCCUUGCUCACAAUAUUUUUGACUAUACGAUUAUUCGCUUAAAUGAUAUUAUACAUACGUACACACUAUGAUUAUGAUAAUAUUAAUAUAAUGUUUGUUUUAAGUGUGUUUUAAUGUUUAGAUUUUUAUUGUAAUGUUUUUAUGAAUGAUUUUUAUCUGUAUGAUUAUUAUUAUUGAUUAUUAUUUUAUGUGUUGAAGAUGUUUUUUUGUGAUUAGUGCCCGCGGGGCCGGGCUCGGUAGUAUAAAGUGAGGGCGUACAGUGUACGUUGGCCGCGCGCCGCGCGCCCGCCGCGCGGGGGCCGCGCGGGUGCCGAGCGGCUGCGGCUCUGCACGCGGCCGGUGCGCGGCCACAGCUCGGCACACCCAGCCCGCGCGGGACGAGGCUGCCGUAUGAUCGUUUAGUGUUAUGAUAUCGAAUAAUAAAUUUAAAAUAAUAAAUGAUUAAACAUAAAGAAAUAAUACGACUCAUUCAUUAUUAUAAACUAUAGUAGUCUGUAGCACGACAUUGACUAACCAUUACCUAUUGAUACUUAUUAAGUAUUAUUAUUAUAUUAUUGAAUAUGAAUAAAUUUAAAGAAUGCAUAAUUAUAUUUCAUAGGAAUCAUUAUUCUGUAUAACUCUAGUUAAAUGUAACGAUAAUGGGUAUGAUGUCUGUAUCGGCGGUUGUUGUUUGAGUUCACCGGGGGCCGGUUUUAUGGAUUGAUAUUUUUUUAUUUUUUUACCGUUAUUAGUUUUUGACUUACUCAUGUAAAGAUACGCGAGGAUAUAACUGCCUAUUAGAUUAUAUUUUAAAAAAUAAUGUUGCGUAAAAUCAGCCCCCGCAGUGCGUAGAUCCAGUGAUUUCGAUAAUUUUAUUUUCAUAAUAAAAUGGGUAGACGCUUUAGGUUCAAAUAACGUUGUGAAAAUUUGUGAAAUUUUGUAGACUACAUAUCUUAUUAUAAAUCUAAUAUAAACUAUAACUUUCGA